AUAAUUAUGCAAAAUAAAAUGGAAUUAAUGUGAAAUAAAUGAAGGUAAAUACCUAAAUCAAAUUUACGUCAAAAAUAUCUUUCAAAAAGACAUUUAAUCAAAUAUUUAUAGAUAAUGAGAUAAUUCGACGUUUCAUGAAUAUUUUAUGUUGAAGAAAGGUCGAUGUUUUGAGGGAACAAUUAAAAAAUAUAUAAGAGACUUUUUAUGCUUUCUCAUAGCACUUCCAUUCAAUACAGAAGUAUCUUAAGGUUCAUAAUGCUUCAUUAAUUUUAUUUCCUACUUUUUGUCUUUGAUAUUAAGCCACAAAUGACCAAACUUAAAUUAAUCCUUUAUCAUACAAAAUUCAGUAGCUUUUAAUCUUUAAUUCAGGUAAAUAAUAUUCAGCAAUUAGAUGCCCCUUUGGGUCAAAUUCGCUCACAGAGAGAUAGCUGAUGGAAAGAAAAUCCCGCGAGAUGGUGAAAGAUAACCCCUUGCAAUUAAAUCACUGACGGCCUCCAUGGAGAGCAUAGGGUUUCAAUGCCCUCCCUAUUCAGCCCCCUUUUGCUUCUUUUGCUUGCCAUCUUGCUCCCCUUUGUCCCAUUGCUUUUUCACCAGCUAUUUCUGUCCCCCCUUGUAGUGCUAUUUUGCGAAAGAUGAUGGCCUCUCAAAGUGUUUCGUUCUUCGGGGCGAUAAUGCUUCACCAGCACCGGGGCUAUAUGCCCGCACAUGUGUGUGGAGGCUCAAUAGAGCGGGAAUAAUGAGUUUUGAAAACCCUCAAUGGGGAGUGCGGGUGCGAUGGGGAGCGAAGGGGAGCUCGGGGCAUCGAAUGGACCUGCGCGCACCAUUGAAUGCAUAUUUUAUGAAAAUCUUCAAAGUGUGGGAGAGUUCAAAUGUGUGUAGAUGGUGGUGAAAGCCACGCAACAAUUGUGCGCAUUUUCCCGCAUAUAUUUUCCUCGGGAGUCUCUGUGUGUGCCCCCCGCGUGUGCCACCCCGCGUGGAGUUUGCUUAACACCACAGAAAUGGACUUUUAUCACCUCGGAGCGCAACAGGAGAGCCUCUCUGCAUGAACAAAACCAUCUUCAGUCGCUUGCAGGAGUUUCGUGGAAAAGGAAGUCACUCAUAAGGCAAGAUUUUCUUUUUUCUUUUGACACACACACGACUAUAUACUACAUAUAAGGUGAAUAGAGGUACACACUACCCUCCUGCUGUGUAGUGGCAAAAAAAAACCCUUCCUGGUAACCCCAAAAUCGACCCAGGGCAUUUGGGGAAUCAUACACCCACCACAACAUUUAGUUUAAACACAAAAUAGGGCAUAAAUGGUGCUCAAGUGAAGUCAAAAAAAAUAGAAGAAGAGUUCUUGAGGCAAAUUAGCGUGACCCCCCAAAAUAAGGAAAAGCCAAAUAACAAGGAAGAGCUCCACAGGAACACCCUUUGUCAACAAAUAAGUGGUGCCCCUCAGAAUAAAUAUAAAUUCAACACACACCAGGGUGGUGCAGGGACCAAGAGGGGCGGUGAGAAAAUCAAUUCCGCAGCUUUACAAGGUCCUCCCAUUUUGGUGCAGAGAGCCUUGCACGUGGACACAAUGGAUGGAGCACUAAAGCGCUUUGAGGAUGUCUCGUGGUCCCAAAUGGCUGUCUAUGGGUCCGUUUCCUUUGUCAUUGUCUCCCUGCUGUGUAUUCUCAUCUAUGUUACAUGCUCCAAGUCCUAUCGUCUCAAUUGGUUUGAGAAUAAUCUCCUGGAAACUGUGUCAGAGCACGGGGACAUUGGGCAGAGUCAUGAGGCGCUCAUCAGUUGCAGUACAUCCUACAAUCUCGAUGCGGGGGCCGUGGAGACGGGACGUCAGAGUGCUGCUGAGGCAGCAGAUCCCGCAUUUUGGGUUCCUGUAACACAUCAGGGACGCUCAGAAGCUCCCAAUUCUGUGGCCUCGGACGACAGUCAACUCCCCACGCCAACAUCCCCAUCUGAGAGUAAUCGUUCAGUGGCCUCCAGCACGGUGCCCAUUGCAAGGAGUGAUAAGCACGUUGUCCUGGCCACGAGUCCAGCACGCCUCAAAGUUUCCUCCAUGCAGGCAAAAUUGGAUCACACCAAAAUCGAUACAUCCCUCUACGAAGCGUGCGCCUCGCCGACGCCAAGUAUCUCGAGCACAGAGAACACCCACGGCGUCAUCCACCUCACCCUCUUGUACGACCCAAUUGCGGGCAUUCUCAGUGUACGCCUCAUCGAGGCACAGGACCUCCAACCGCGUGAUUUUAGCGGCACUGCUGAUCCCUACUGCAAGAUUCGCCUGCUGCCCAAUAAGACCAAUGUGUGGCAGACGCGAAUUCACAAACGCACCCUCAAUCCCAUCUUUGAUGAGGAUUUUGUCUUCGAGGAGCGUCCCGCCGUCAUUGGGAGGCGCACCCUUGAGAUCCUCCUGUACGACUUUGACGCCUACUCACGGCACCUGAGCAUUGGUAGCACCCAAAUCCCACUGGCGCACGUUGAUCUGUCUGAUAAAGUUGAGCUCUGGCGCCCUCUAACUCCGUGCACGGAUCAGGAUGCUAAAGUUGAUCUUGGGGAGAUUAUGGUGUCCCUUUCGUACCUACCAUCUGCCGAGAGACUCACUGUGGUCAUCAUAAAGGCCAGGAAUCUACGUGUUGUUGAUGAUAGUCGCAAUUCUGCAGAUCCCUACGUUAAGGUGAACAUCCUCCUGGCGGGGAAGAAGUUGAAGAAACGGAAAACAGGCGUUCAACGCGCAAACAUCUCGCCCGUCUUCAAUGAGGCGCUCAUCUUUGAUAUUGCUAAAGAUACUCUCAAGUCGUGCUUGAUUGAGUUCAUUGUGAUGCACGACAGUCUUCUGGGUCCAAAUGAGCCCCUGGGGCGCGCUGUGAUUGGGAAUACAGCUGAAGUGCGAUUGAAUGAGAGGAAUUUCUUCGAGGAGAUGUUCCGCACAAAAACUGCAACAGCUCAAUGGAUACCACUGUCUGAGCCCGCAGGUGCCACCAAUCCCUAAGAGGGUGGACCAUCUAACAGGAAAAAAUGCUUCUUUUGUGGGUAAUUCACAUUGCACUCGAGAAAAUUGCUUUCCAACAGAAUUUUACUGGUUUUUGAAUUUAAAAAAAAAUGAUUUUUCAAAUUUUCUUGCAGUUUUUUGUAAUAAAAAUAAUUAUAAGAGGUUUUUUUUAGAGAAAUAAAUUUUUAAUUGAUUAUUUAAUUGAAAAUUUUAAAGAUGAGAACAAUAAAUUUAAAAAAUCAAUUCAAUUUUUGAAUAUGAAUGGAAAUAUAAAAUCCGGCCCGACGAAUUCUAUCCUAGUUAAUUCUCCACAAAUAAAUUUAUUUAUUUUUUUAAUUUUCUUGUAGUAUUUCGUAUAAACUUUACAAUUUUUUACUUAGGAAAACAACUAAACAUUUUUAAUCUAUUUAAAAAAAAUUGUGUAAAAGAAGAACAAUUUAUGACAAUUUAAUAAAAUAAAAAAAAAUUCUUUAGAACUCUGACCUGAUGAAUUCUAGCAGUUUUAUUUCUCAUAGUAUUUUAAAUGAAGAACUGUUUAACUUCUCUAAAGCCUUUGGACCAGUAGAAUGUUAACUAAAAUCAAAUGAAAAAUGCAAAAGUACCUGGAUUUUCUAACUAAAAUGAGCAUUUUUUAUUGCUUUAACAGACUAAUCAGAAAGACUGAAUUAUAAAAUUAUGACUCUACUGAAGAUUCUUGCAAAUUAUUCUUAAAUAAUCUUCAAGAAAAAUGAGUCAAAAAACUUUCAUACAUUUAGUAGUUUUCUGCAAAAAAACAUUCAGGGAGUUAUUUAGUCAAAAAAAAUUAUUUUCAAUUUAAAAUUCCAAGUUAAAUUUUCCAUAAAAUCCUUUUUUUCUUUCAAUAAAAUAUUAUAAAUUUUAAUAUUAAAAUUCAUGAUGAAAAAACUUGAAAAAAAAAAGAAUUUUCUCGAGUGUGAUUAAAGUAAUUUAUAUGUAGAUUAACUUUCCAGCCGCAACAUUUCAAUUAUUUUAUUUAGAACACACAUAAAAAAAAUCUUUCUAUGCCUCGAAGCGUCAAUUGAGAUGAAUGAUGUAGUAAAUGAAGGGAAUUCUAUAUAAUAAUAAAUAAAAUAAAAAUCUCUCGCCUCAUGCAGAAAGAAAAAAAGAAGAAAGAAUCAACAGGACUCUCUAUGCAUAAUAUAUUAAUCUUUUAUAGAGUAACUAAUGAGUUAUAAAUUAAAUAGCAGCAAAAGGAAAAACAAUUAUUCAAAAUGUGUGUCAUAGAGGAAAUUAUUUAUCUUGUAGACAAGAAAAUUAAUGUACAAAGCAACAUACACACAACACACAGAUAUAAGUUAAUCAUUAAAGAGAGAAAGAGGAAAAAAACUAAAAGGAAAAGACACAACAAA